UCUGGUUCUGUCAAUCCCACCUUCAGCCAAGAUGAUGCUGAGGGGUCUGGUUCUGUCAAUGCCACCUUCAGCCAAGAUGAUGCUGAGGGGUCUGGUUCUGUCAACGCCACCUUCAGCCAAGACUCUCCUGAGGGGUCUGGUUCUGUCAACGCCACCUUUAGCCAAGACUAUGCUGAGGGGUCUGGUUCUGUCAACGCCACCUUUAGCCAAGAUGAUGCUGAGGGGUCUGGUUCUGUGAAUGCCACCUUCAGCCAAGACUCUCCUGAGGGGUCUGGUUCUGUCAAUGCCACCUUCAGCCAAGAUGAUGCUGAGGGGUCUGGUUCUGUCAACGCCACCUUCAGCCAAGACUCUCCUGAGGGGUCUGGUUCUGUCAACGCCACCUUUAGCCAAGACUCUCCUGAGGGGUCUGGUUCUGUCAAUGCCACCUUCAGCCAAGAUGAUGCUGAGGGGUCUGGUUCUGUCAAUGCCACCUUCAGCCAAGACUCUCCUGAGGGGUCUGGUUCUGUCAAUGCCACCUUUAGCCAAGACUAUGCUGAGGGGUCUGGUUCUGUCAACGCCACCUUUAGCCAAGAUGAUGCUGAGGGGUCUGGUUCUGUGAAUGCCACCUUCAGCCAAGACUCUCCUGAGGGGUCUGGUUCUGUCAAUGCCACCUUCAGCCAAGAUGAUGCUGAGGGGUCUGGUUCUGUCAACGCCACCUUCAGCCAGGACUCUCCUGAGGGGUCUGGUUCUGUCAAUGCCACCUUCAGCCAAGAUGAUGCUGAGGGGUCUGGUUCUGUCAACGCCACCUUCAGCCAGGACUCUCCUGAGGGGUCUGGUUCUGUGAGUGCCACCUUCAGCCAAGACUCUCCUGAGGGGUCUGGUUCUGUCAACGCCACCUUCAGCCAAGACUAUGCUGAGGGGUCUGGUUCUGUGAAUGCCACCUUCAGCCAAGACUCUCCUGAGGGGUCUGGUUCUGUCAAUGCCACCUUCAGCCAAGAUGAUCCAAGACUAUUCUGA